CCUUUCUCAAACCGGCUGCCAUUUCAGUGGUGGACAUGUUGGAGUUGGGGAGGGUCGACUUUGAGGUGUCAUUGACGCUAUGUAGAUGAGAGUGAGGAUCCUGCGCUCCAUGUUACGUCCCUGCUCGCUUCAACUCAGACGGCGGCAGCUCCUUUCCCCGUCUUCUCUUCCUUCCUCUCUUUCAGCACCACUCCUUCCAGGACAGCACCUCGCUCCAAAAGACGCGUUUGUUCGCCAUCCUCCCGUCUCAGGAUCAUAUAUUUGCCCACUGUCGUCGGAUGCAAAGUUUUCGCCUUGGUUUUAUUCUGUAAAAGUACAAGGAAGUAACUUUUUAAAAUUCGGAUUUCCCCAUCUCGGAAACAAUCUGGACAAUCGAAGGAAUUCAUUGGUUGCUGGAACGCUGCUGAGCUGCUCCUGAUCCCUCUCAUUACCCCGAUCGUUCGUCUGUGCUCGGCAGUUAUCUGGGAGCUGGGGUGUACAGGACGGAGAAGCUGCUGUUUGUCUGGACCGGUGCUGAAACCCCCUCCUCUUCACCUGUCAGGACUAUCCGACACUCACAGUGACCAUGGCCACCAACGGGACCAAAGCAUCGGACGGACACGUCUUAACGGAGACGGUGAAUGACGCGCCCAGCACGCCAAACGACAAACCCAAAACCUUGGUGGUGAAAGUGCAGAAGACGAAAAAGGAGCUCCCCGAGAGAGAAAUGUGGGGCGGGAGAUUUGACUUUCUUCUCUCUUGUGUCGGGUACGCAAUCGGACUCGGAAAUGUCUGGAGAUUUCCUUAUUUAUGUGGAAAAAACGGAGGAGGGGCCUUCUUGAUUCCAUACUUUUUGACCCUCAUAUUUGCUGGCAUGCCUCUGUUCUUUUUGGAGACGGCUCUUGGUCAGUACACUUCUAUUGGAGGACUUGGAGUGUGGAAGCUAGCCCCCAUUUUCAAAGGUGUGGGUAUGGCUGCUGCUGUUCUGUCCUUCUGGUUAAAUAUAUAUUACAUUGUAAUCAUUUCCUGGGCUCUUUACUAUCUGUACAACUCCUUCACUACUGAGCUGCCAUGGCGGACUUGUGGCAAUUCCUGGAACACAGACCGCUGUUACACCAACUACAGCCUCCCAGACACCAAAAACCUCACCAGCGCUGUGGUGGAGUUCUGGGAACGUAACAUGCACCAGAUGACCGAUGGUCUGGAGAAGCCUGGGGAGCUCAGGAUCCCACUGGCUAUCACACUGGCCAUUGCAUGGGUGCUGGUUUAUUUCUGCAUCUGGAAGGGGGUCAGCUGGACUGGCAAAGUGGUCUACUUUUCAGCCACAUACCCUUACUUUAUGCUGUUCAUCCUGUUUUGCCGUGGCAUCACUCUACCCGGUGCAAUUGAUGGAAUUCUCUUCUAUAUCACACCAGACUUUGAAAAACUGAAGGAGUCUGAGGUAUGGCUGGAUGCUGCCACUCAGAUAUUCUUUUCCUAUGGGCUGGGAUUAGGCUCUCUGAUUGCUCUUGGCAGCUACAAUCGCUUCAAUAACAACGUAUACAGAGAUUCCGUCAUUGUCUGCUGCAUCAACUCCUUCACCAGCAUGUUUGCUGGCUUAGUCAUCUUCUCCAUCGUGGGAUUCAUGUCCAAUGUAACAAAGAGACCUAUCGCUGAUGUGGCAGCCUCAGGACCUGGCCUGGCAUUCCUGGCUUAUCCUGAGGCUGUGACCCAGCUGCCCAUCUCUCCUCUCUGGGCCAUACUCUUUUUCUCUAUGCUGCUGAUGCUGGGAAUUGACAGCCAGUUCUGCACAGUGGAAGGCUUCAUAACUGCACUGGUUGAUGAAUUCCCUCACGUUCUCCGAAAACGCAGAGAGAUCUUCAUCGCGAUCGUCUGCCUUAUUUCUUACAUCAUUGGACUGUCCAACAUCACACAGGGUGGACUCUAUGUGUUCAAGCUGUUUGACUACUACUCAGCUAGUGGAAUGUGCCUGCUGUUCCUGGUCUUCUUUGAAUGCAUCUCAAUUUCAUGGUUUUAUGGUGUGGACAAAUUCUAUGACAACAUUGAGGAAAUGGUUGGCUACAGGCCCUGUCUGUGGUGGAAGGCCUGCUGGGUUGUUUUCACUCCGCUCAUUGUGGCUGGGGUCUUCUUGUUCAGUGCAGUGCAGAUGGUUCCCCUCACCUUGGGUGACUACGUGUUCCCGGCCUGGGGCCAAGGCGUUGGGUGGUGCAUGGCCCUCUCCUCAAUGACUCUCAUCCCAGGCUACAUGGGCUACAUGUUCCUCACACUCAAAGGCACAUACAAAGAGCGUCUGCGGAUAAUGUUCAAGCCUGUGACACUGGCGAAGGCUCAGGAAAACGGCCCAGACCAGCAGACAGAAAACCAGAAUCAGGACCCUGCCAACGAGGAAGCCUACAUCUAGAAACUUCUUCCUGUCUCUCUGUCUCGACGGGCAGACUGGCGAUCUACACAGAAAAAAAAAACAUAAUCAAGGUUGGGAACGACCACCAGACUUCCACGUCUGCUUUUAUUCACCUACCUCCUGGGGACACGUGAGACCAACCUGAUUACAGUUAUUUUUAGAGUUUUUUCUGUUUGUUUAUUUGUAUAAUACAGAGUUAUAAAACUUAUGAGGAAAAAAACAAAUUACCCAGCAAAAGUGUUGUGAUAUUUUGAAUUUCAUUAUGCAAAAAAGUUAGACUUUUUAGAAAAGGAAAUGUGACUUAUAAAAUUACUGUAUAUUGAAUAUAUAAUUUAAAUUUGGAGGCCUGCGUUGAUUCAAUAGUAUUGUGCUACUUUGAAGAUAUUAAUUAAUCUACUAAACUACAAUUACUGUACAAAGAAAAAUAUUGGUUUAAUGCAUUUUUGCUUGUUUAUGAAAUACAUACAUUUAAAUGAAUGCAGUGUAGUAGGUGAAAAAAAAUGCAAUUUGAAAGUUUGUGAAGUGAAAAUUGAAUACAGAUGGCAAAGACAAUAUGGGAAUGUGCAACAGGUUAGGCCAAAUCUGCUUGUAUGUGUAAAAUAUAAUUUAGCCAGACUAUCACUCCCUUGCAGGAUCCUGCAGUUAACCUGAAAUGUUUACCGCCCAUGUCUGGGGCUACCUUUGAAAAGCACAAGUACAGUAUGGGAUUUUGAAGCGUCCAGUUUUUAUUUUGGCUCCAUUUAAACUUGUGACAGCAAAAAUAACUUACAUAGGAUACAUAGCAAGAGACUGUUAUAAUUGUUUCUUUGUUUUCUAAAGAACAAUAACUUUGUAUGUUGUCUGAAUCUUUUUUGUAGAAUAAUUGUUAGGUCAUUUUCUAUAUGUGAGAGUGAGAAGGACCAAAAUCAUACUCACGUUAGAAGGAUUGGUGCAGACAUUUGGACACGCUGAAUAUAUAAAUGGAUUAAAUCAAGCAACUCCCUUUGUCUCUCUGAAGAGCAACGGAGUACAGUAGCAAAUACAGCAUCCAUUACAUUACAAGCACAAUUUUUGGAUCUUUAAACUACCACUUCUAACGGGUAGCCAAUACAUAAAUCCCACAUUUGCAUUGUGCGUACAAUAUUUAUGCUAGAGAUUAUUUAGAAAAAGUAGAAUUCCCUUCUCCUGACAACCAGUAAAGUUUAUAGACAGUUAUGUUGCAAUAAGUCAAUCCUAUUUCAGAUCUAUAUUUCAAACUGUGAGGUUGAAUAAGCUGCAGUGGCUGCUGCAUUGGAGACUGCAUGAUGGAUUUCUACGAUAGCUCCACUUUUCCGACUGGAACCGUUUACUUGUAUAACUAUUUAGUAACCCACUCCUCAGGAACAGGUGGAAGUGACCAAAUUAGUACUAUAAUAUAAUAUAAUAAUAGAUACUACCAUUAUACACUGAAACAAUUAAUGCUACAUAUAAAAUAAAAUAAACUGUCAGCAAAUAUUUUCCAUUUUCUCCCAUUAUUCCAACAUGUACCUUAAGCGGCAACAAAACAUCAACACACAAUCCAUAGACAUAUACACAUAUGUAUGUAUUUGUGCGUGUGUAGAUGGGAACACUCGAAAGCUGAUCCAAAUUGUUUUCUCUUUUCUGUGUGCUGUUCAGCGAGCAUCAUUUCUUUCAAUGUAAAUUAAUUCAUCAUUUUAGUAGAAGCCAAACAGAGUUUCUACGCUGUGGCUAGUGCGGAUUUCCAAUAUCAGAUAAGGAGAGAGAAGCUUUGGCUCAGUCAGCGGACAAAUCACUGUUAACACAACAUGACACAGCCAGAUGCUAUAUACUGUAGGCCAACACCACUGAAACUACACCUUUUCAUAGGGUAAAGAAAAACCUAUUGUUACAUAUCAAGUUUGUUCGGCAAUAUAAAAACAUUGUAUGUAAAAGCUGACUUUGCGACAGACCACAGAUAUCACUGUAUUACUAUGAAGAAGGAUCAAGAAAAUGUGCUUCUGUGGCAGCUACAUGCGACAGGAAUCAGGUUGAACCAGUCCCGUUUAUUUUCUUUUAUCUAUGUUCUUUUUUUUCAAAGAUAUGUGAAUUAAAAUGUGCAAUGACAAAGGGUUCCGUGAAUUUUGUAUAAAGUUACCAUACUGCAGUUUUAUCUCUUGAAUGAUGUUGUAAACUGGACUGUGUAAUACAUGUAUCUGUGAAUGUCGGUACAACCUGAGUUUUUCUUUUCUUUUGUCUAAAUGUUGAACGUGUUGAAUGUGAUAUUAUUUGCUUUUUUCUGCAAUAAUAUUAUUAUCUCAGAAACUAAAGCACAUAUCUCUCUCAACUGUAAAAAUUAUAAUUACAAUAACAGAGUAGAGUAAUAAUUAAGAUGAUAAUAUUAAUAACGAUAACAAUAAUGUAAUAGAAAUGUCUAGUCAGAGAAUAUUGUUUUGUAUAUUUCUAGCUGUUUCAUGGGCCUAAUGUAAAAUAUUCUAUGUAAAAAACAUAUAAUAAAUGUCUUUAGAUGGUGUUAUAUGAAAAAGCAUGAUUGCAAUAUAUGUUCUCUGCAAAAAUAAAUAAAGACCUAUAGAUUAU